CUUAUCAUAUACUUCUACAUAAUAUAUAACAAUACUAUGAGUACAUCUUAGUAAUCUGUUACAAAAUGAACAGUGUACAUUGUAGCUCAAAGGACCAUGUGCAUUCAUGAUGUGGAGAGAAAAAAAAAGAAUCAAAGUUCAAGUAAAAUUGAAAAUGAAUUCUAAAAUUCAUAUAGAAUUGGAAAUUAUAAUUUUUAGGCCCUUGAUGAUCUUCCAUUUUAUAUGGUACUGACAAACGUGAGGUAAGCUUGUGAAAAUUUUGCCAUUUAUAUAGACAUGUCUAAAACUAAAUAUAAUCAAAUUUAUAUGCAACUAAAAGCAAUUUGUUAUUUUAGGCUAAAGAGUAAUGAUAUCUUUAAGACUAUAUCUCAAUUUAUUCAUAUGAAAAGUUUUUUUUUUAAUAGCAAAAUUGUUAUGUUCAGUUCUAACUCUUCUAACCCUAUAAAAGAAAAAUGGAAGUUAAUGUAAGGUACACACAUCUUUCAAGUGCUUUUCAUCUUCCAAAUGCUCUACAGACAUUAACUAAUUAAUCUAAUUUAAAACCAACAAAAGGAAACACCCCAAAAAUAUUCCAUGCAGCACAGAGUCAGCAAGAAAUAUUUUUUGCCACUGAAGUUUAUUCAAAUGGUAUAACAGGCUUUGUUUUGUUUUUUAAAAGGUGUAGCCUAGUUUGAUGCAGUAUUUGUAGUAGUAGAGCCAAGUGAAGUCUUAGCAGACUUGGACAGAAAGGCAAUUUUUUCUUUUUCUUCCCCCAUCCCCCUAGAUUUCCCCAUUUUGUUCUAUUCCUAGUGACUGCUCACUUGGCAUUGUGUUUUAAAUUGAUUUUCAGUUUUGUGGGAUGUUAAAAAAAAAAAAAAAACACCAGAUUGUGGACAUUUCAAAAACCAUGACAUAAAAAUGGAUAAAACAAGAGGUUUAAUCUACAAUAGAAAAUCGGGUAAUCUCACCUUUAAGGAAUGAGAAGAUAAAGAAAUUUCGGCAUUAUACAUGUGUUUGACCAUUGUAUACUUUCUUUAAAAAUACUAUGUUGCAUUUAUUUUUUAAAAACCACCUUGGAGUUUUUGCACCUUGUUUUCCCUUCCUUUUGAGUUUUCUUAAUACCUUUUUCUUCACCUUAAAAAAAAAAAAGAAAGAAAGAAAGGGAAAAUGGCAUAGUUUAAUCAAGUCCCAAUUCCUUUUUUAUUUCGGAUAGCAAAAUUCUUGGCUUUUUAACUCAUUCUCCCCACUGGGGUGUCUUCACUCCUUUUGUGGCACUAUUUAAAGAGAAAAGGGCUUCAGGCUGGACCUAUAAAUAAAAGGCCCCUUCUUUAUCCUCAAGGGAGAAGCUUAAAAUUAAUUUCUCUUAAGAUUUCCCCCUCCCUCUUUUUUAUUUGCCACCAUUAUAAGGCUAACAGAGCCACCACUCCUUUUCCUUAAGAUCUCCCCCCCACCCCCUCCCAGCCUCUCGAUAUUUUCCAGCCAUCUUUAGCAAGGCCUUGCUCUCCAGUAGCUGCGGCUUGCGGCCGUUUAAAGGACUGAGUCAGAUCCUAAAAUGUCUGAUUGAAAUACACAUUGGACAAAAAAAAAAUCCUCUCUCCAUCCUUCUCACCAUCACCACCAUCACCAGGGCGAGAGUUAAAAUCCAGCAGCCCCAUAUGGGUGAGACUUGGCAGAACCUCUUUUAAACAAAUUCAUGACCAUGGGGGAUAUGAAGACCCCAGACUUUGAUGAUCUUCUUGCAGCCUUUGACAUCCCAGAUAUGGUCGAUCCUAAAGCAGCUAUUGAGUCCGGCCAUGAUGACCAUGAGAGUCACAUAAAACAAAAUGCUCAUGUGGAUGAGGAUUCACAUGCCCCAUCAUCCUCUGAUGUCGGUGUCAGUGUUAUUGUCAAAAAUGUCAGGAACAUUGAUUCUUCUGAAGGAGCUGAUAAAGAUGGCCACCAUUCUACAGGCAAUGGUUUACAUAAUGGGUUUCUGACAGCAUCCACAUUGGAAAGUUAUAAUAAAGAUGGAGCAAAGUCUCUGAAAGAUGAUGGAGCAACCCCUGAUGUAAAGCUUAAAGAGACAACUUUCAAUCAGUUCAGUCCUAUCUCAAGUGCAGAAGAGUUUGAUGAGGAUGAGAAAAUAGAGGUCGAUGACCCCCCUGAUAAGGAGGAAAUUCGUUCAAAUUUCAGAGCAAAUGUUCUGACUGGCUCAAUUUCCCAACAGGACUAUGAAAAACUAAAGGCACUUGGAGGAGAAACCUUAAUCAAGCCAGGAAUUCCUGCUGCUACCACCUUAGACAAAAACAAAGUAAUUAAAAGAGAAACAGAAACAAAUUCUAUAGCAUUGGGUGUGUAUGAGCCCUUCAAGGUUAGAAAAGUGGAGGAUAAAUUGAAAGAAAACUCUGAAAAGUUGCUUGAAAACAGGGUAUUGGAUGGAAAGCUAAGCUCGGAGAAGAAUGAAGCCAAUGUUGCCAGUGCUGCCCAGUCAAAGGCAAAAUCAUCAGCUAAGCUUUCUUCAUGCAUUGCUGCAAUUGCAGCCCUAAGUGCUAAAAAAGCCGCCACAGACACCUGUAAAGAGCCAGUGGCCAAUUCGAGAGAACCUUCUCCACUACCAAAAGAAAUGAAUGACAGUCCUCGGGCUGUUGAAAAGUCCCCCGAGUCUCAGAGUCUUAUUGAUGGUGCAAAAAAACCAUCCAUAAAGCCACCUGAUAGCCCUCGGAGCGUUUCUAGUGAAAAUAGCAGUAAGGGUUCUCCUUCUUCUCCCGCAGGGUCCACACCAGCAAUCCCUAAAGUCCGCAUAAAAACCAUCAAGACAUCUUCUGGAGAAAUCAAGAGGACAGUAACAAGAGUUCUGCCUGAAGUGGAUCCGGACUCAGGAAAAAAAUCUUCAGAGCAGACUCCUUCCAUGGUGGCUUCCGUGACGUCCCUUUUGUCCUCGCCGACUUCUGCCACGGUUUUGUCUUCUCCCCCGAGAGCGCCUCUGCAGUCCGCCGUGGUCACCAACACCGUUUCCUCGGCAGACCUGGCCCCCAAACAGGUGACUAUCAAGCCCGUAGCGACCGCCUUCCUUCCUGUCUCAGCGGUGAAGACAGCAGGGUCCCAGGUGAUUAAUUUGAAGCUUGCUAACAAUACCACGGUGAAAGCCACCGUCAUCUCUGCUGCUUCUGUCCAGAGCGCCAGCAGCGCCAUCAUCAAAGCCGCCAAUGCGAUUCAGCAGCAAACGGUGGUGGUCCCUGCCUCAAGCCUUGCUAACGCUAAACUUGUGCCAAAGACUGUGCACCUUGCCAACCUUAACCUCCUGCCUCAAGGUGCCCAGGCCACCUCUGAACUCCGCCAAGUGCUCACCAAACCUCAGCAGCAAAUCAAGCAGGCAAUAAUCUCUGCAGCGGCUUCGCAGCCGCCGAAGAAAGUGUCCAGAGUCCAGGUGGUGUCCUCUUUGCAGAGUUCUGUCGUGGAAGCUUUCAACAAGGUGCUGAGUAGCGUCAACCCGGUCCCAGUUUACAUCCCGAACCUCAGUCCUCCAGCUAACGCGGGGAUCACGCUACCAACCAGGGGUUACAAGUGUUUGGAGUGUGGCGACUCGUUUGCUCUGGAAAAGAGUCUGACUCAGCAUUACGACCGGCGCAGCGUGCGCAUUGAAGUCACAUGCAACCAUUGUACAAAGAACUUAGUUUUUUACAACAAAUGCAGUCUACUUUCCCAUGCUCGCGGACAUAAGGAGAAAGGUGUUGUGAUGCAAUGCUCUCAUUUAAUUUUAAAACCAGUCCCAGCAGAUCAAAUGAUAGCUUCUCCUUCAAGCAAUACUUCCACAGCAUCCUCCACUCUGCAGAGCUCCACAGGAGGCGGCCCACAUAAUGUCACCAAGAUUCAAUCCGGCAUCACGGGGACAGUGAUCUCUGCUCCCUCCAGUACUCCUAUCGUUCCAGCUAUGCCUCUGGAUGAAGACCCUUCCAAACUCUGUAGACAUAGUCUGAAAUGUUUGGAGUGUAAUGAAGUUUUCCAAGAUGAGACGUCAUUGGCUACACAUUUCCAGCAGGCUGCAGACACAAGUGGACAAAAGACAUGCAAUAUCUGCCAGAUGCUGCUUCCCAACCAGUGCAGUUUUGCAUCACACCAGAGAAUCCAUCAGCACAAAUCUCCAUAUACGUGCCCUGAGUGUGGGGCAAUCUGCAGAUCGGUCCACUUCCAGACCCAUGUCACCAAGAACUGUCUGCACUAUACUCGGAGAGUUGGUUUUCGAUGUGUACAUUGCAAUGUUGUAUACUCUGAUGUGGCAGCCCUGAAGUCUCACAUUCAAGGUUCUCAUUGUGAAGUUUUCUACAAGUGUCCUAUUUGUCCAAUGGCAUUUAAAUCUGCUCCCAGUACCCAUUCACAUGCCUACACACAACAUCCUGGCAUUAAGAUAGGAGAACCAAAAAUAAUAUAUAAAUGUUCCAUGUGUGACACUGUGUUUACUCUGCAAACCUUGCUGUAUCGCCACUUUGACCAACACAUUGAAAACCAGAAGGUGUCUGUUUUCAAGUGUCCAGACUGUUCUCUUUUAUAUGCACAGAAGCAGCUUAUGAUGGACCAUAUCAAGUCUAUGCAUGGAACAUUGAAAAGUAUUGAGGGGCCUCCAAACUUGGGAAUAAACUUGCCCUUUAGCGUUAAGCCUACAACUCAAAAUUCAGCCAGCCAUAACAAAGAGGACCCGAAAUCCAUCAAUGGGAAAGAGAAGCUUGAAAAGAAAUUGCCAUCGCCUGUGAAAAAAGUAGCUGAAUCCAAGAAAGUAGCCAAUCCUGGAUGGACAUGCUGGGAGUGUGACCGCUUAUUCACUCAGAGAGAUGUUUACAUAACCCACAUGAGGAAAGAACAUGGUAAACAAAUGAAGAAGCAUCCUUGCCGCCAGUGUGACAAAUCAUUCAGUUCAUCGCAUAGCCUCUGUCGCCAUAAUCGAAUCAAACACAAAGGCAUUAGAAAAGUUUACACCUGCUCGCACUGCCCAGAAUCAAGGCGCACAUUUACAAAACGGUUAAUGCUAGAGAAACACAUUCAGCUGAUGCAUGGGAUUAAGGACCCUGAUUUAAAAGAAAUGACAGAAUCUACCAGUGUGGAGGAAACAGAAAUGAAAGAAGAGACCAAGGCCCCCAGUCCAAAGCGGAAAUUAGAAGAACCUGUUUUAGAAUUCAGACCCCCACGGGGAGCCAUUACUCAGCCAUUGAAGAAACUGAAGAUAAAUGUUUUUAAAGUUCACAAGUGUGCUGUGUGUGGCUUUACAACAGAAAAUCUCUUACAGUUUCACGAACAUAUCCCUCAGCAUAAGUCUGAUGGCUCUUCUUACCAGUGUCGAGAAUGUGGCCUUUGCUACACCUCCCAUGUCUCUCUCUCCCGGCAUCUCUUCAUUGUCCACAAACUAAAGGAACCUCAGCCAGUGUCUAAGCAGAAUGGCUCUGGGGAAGAUAAUCAACAGGAAAACAAACCCAGCCAUGAAGAUGAAUCCUCUGAUAGCCUGAUGUCAGACAGAAAAUGCAAAGUGUGUGCAAAGACAUUUGAAACUGAAGCUGCCUUAAAUACUCACAUGAGAACACAUGGCAUGGCCUUCAUUAAGUCUAAAAGAAUGAGUUCAGCUGAAAAAUGAGUAUUCCAAAAGGAAAAUCUCUCUCCACAUUGGAAUGGAAAAAACUUUUUUUGUUACAGAAAGUUUGCAGUAUAAUAGAGUUGACAGUACUGUUUAGGCUGUUGCAAUAUAUUCUCCUUAAAUGUAUCCUCUUCACCUCAUCGUAUAUACCCUCAAUAAGUAUUAAAACAGUAUUUGAGUUUAAAAAGAGUUUGUAUAUAUUUAAACUAAUAACUUUUAUACUCUUUGUUACGUGUUUGUAUCAGUAUUUAGUGGAAAAUGUUUUGAGUUAUUUUUUGUUUAGAAUUUUUCUUUUUUGUACUAAGUUUCUUUAAAAACAGAGUUCUUAGCACUGGGGGCAGUUCCUUGGAUUCAGAUAAACUGUUUUGUACGCCAUGAGUUUGAAUGAUUUAGCUUAUUAAAUUACAGGCUAACACAAUGCCUUUUUUAGUAUUUUUUAUUUUUUAGAAUUCACUACAUAAUUGUAGCUGGUUUUAGGUGUCAAGAACACUAGGCUCUUCAAGUGUCUUAGCACUAGUACUUGGUGUAUCUACUUUGAAAGACGUAUGUGUGCGCCUUGAAACUCAUCAUUGCAUAUCUGUGCAUCUCUAGGUAUUUUUAGGGCCAUAAGAGAAAGUUUUUUUUAAAGCAGCCUUGCAAAUAACCCACUGGUGGUGGAUAAGAAUUUAAACCAGGCAAAUAAAAGGGAAUGAUGUUUUCCUUAAUAUUGUCUGUGAAGAGAAAGGGAAAGAGUCUAUUAUAAAAUUAGCUCAGAAAAAAUUGUGGACUGGCAAAAAAAAAAAAAGAUUUUCGUAUUUAUUUGCAAGACUUUUAAGAUCACAGGGAUGUAAGCUUGAUGAAAGGGCUGGACUGCUGUAGAAGAAACAAAUAUGUAACUAGAUCAAUAGAUUUUUAUACAGUCUGGUUUUUGUCUUGUAAUUUAUUAAACAUAGAGACAAAUUAAAAAAUCAAGUAUUUCUUUGGCUUUUAAAGGAAGAAAAUAGUUCAUUUAACCCUGUGCUGUCUCAAGAAUUGACUUUUCCUAUUCUGGGUGCUAAUGCCAAAUGUUCUGGUACUUAGAGUUAGGAUGCACAAUUAAAGCUGCUACCUAUCAAUGUGUUAAUACAGCAGCCUAUAGAAUCACAAUUGGCCAUUUCAGAUUGAGCACACAGCUGCCAGGUUUUCGUUCUGUCAUUUCAAUAAAUAUAUCUAAUAUUGGUAGUUAUGCUUUAAUGAAGCACAGUAAAGGUACUGUUCUGUCCCUUCCAUAUAUAGUUCUCUGUGAGAGUUAUAUUUUUUGUGUUUUUUUUUUUGUUUGGCAUUUUAUAUCUUGUAUUUAUCCCUAAACAAGUUUUGUACUUUUUUUUAAUAAAAAAAACUUUUGUGUAUAUAUAGAUACUUGCAUGAUAUACUGUAGUUAUUGUUCCGUUCCUUAAAGGGUCUUGCUGCUGUCAGAUGUUAUACACUACGUUCAUUAUAACUGUAUUAAACACAUUUCAUAUGUAAAUAAAUGUGGCACAUUUUGCCCUUGUG